UCACCAUUAUUAUAUAUUAUCGUCUUUGAAAUAAUUCUCUCUGUCUCUCUCUCUCUUCUUUGUGUUCGGUGGCUCGGUCCGAAGCCGGAGGUGUCGCGCAGUGUGUCGAGUAUUUGUACUCGUUCGUGCUGAACAGAACGGGAAGUUAGGGAUGAGAGGAGCGCCAAGAGACUUCAAGCAGAUGACAAUUAUAACUAAAUAGAGAUGGGCGGUUGUUGCGGCUGUGCUUCUAAAAACACUGAACUUCAUAGGUCACCACCAUUCUUUCAUUAUACAGUGCCUGAAGAACACGAACCCUUGCCAACUCACUGUGCAACAGUCCCGGUUCUCUCUUCUGAGCUUUUGGUAGAUGCCAAUUUAGAUUUUUCAGUCCCAGAUACUUAUCAACCUCCUCCUGCACCUAUACCUUACGAAAAGUAUCCGGGAUGCCCCCCUGCAUCAUCAGAGAAUCAAGAAGGAUCUGGAAAUAAGGCAGGGAUGGUUCUGCAAAUUGCCGACAGUGAGUCCACUAAUGAUCCCUAUUGUGGAAGUACCAUGGAAACAAAGGUAAAGACCCUGGAGUUCGACGAAAAGUCCAAAUUAAAUGCCGAUUCACCACCAUCUGAGAAAUUAGACGAUGAAAAGUCUAGUGAUAUUAAAAAAUCCAUCGAACCCAUUUUUCCACCACUACAAGAUGAGGAAGACAUCUGUCCCACUUGCUUUGAAGAAUAUGAUGAAGAGAACCCGAAAAUCAUUGCAAAAUGUGACCACCAUUUUCACCUCGGUUGCAUUCUCGAGUGGAUGGAACGUAGUGACACCUGUCCCAUGUGUGAUCAGAAAAUGGUCUUCAGUCUCGGCGAGGGAGGAUAGGUGUUGAAAUGCUGCUGCUGAUUAUAUCUUUUGCUUGUCCCUUAAGCAUUUCAGGUUCAUUCAUUUACAGUUUAUUCAUCUUCUGCAUAUGUUCAUUUGUCCCUUUCUGUUGUAUAUACGUCGAGGGGGGCAAAUCUAUGAAUGUUGGGGCAGUACAAACACAACAUUAACUUGGAUGUGAAAUUGCUUGUAUAUAUAUAUGGCCCGUGGGCCUGCACAUGCUCGAACUCAAUAUUUCUGCAUUUUGCAGCUGCCCCUUUUAUCAUCUACACACAUCCCGCGAUUGCUCAUACAUUAGAUUACAAGUUGUGGUAGAAGUUGGUUCAUGCGAUAUAGAAAUUGGUCAGAUGUGUGUACUCACUAGAGGCUGUACAUGGAUUCGUUGUAUUGAUUAGGGAUAUCAAUAUUCAUUUUCUUCUUA